AAUUCUCAAAUUAAACAUAAUUGAUUUACUUUUAAUAGAUCUCAUUUUAGGUUGAAUACUUAUUGCCGGAGACGAGCAUUGUGAGUUGAGUUGAACAGUGACACUAAUACUAUCGUAGCACUGCCACUGCGGCCAAGUGUUGUUCUUCCAUGACGACUACUCUGGCUGCGCUUCAAUUCGCCUUCCUUUCUCCUGCCGUUUCCAAAAAAAUUGCAUAUCCCUUUUUCAGCUCUUCUGGGCGUAGAACUGGCGUACAAUUUGUGGGUUGUGUCAAUGCUUCCAACCCAAGAAAUGCUCAAGGUGGCUUUGACCCUGAAUUGCGUUCUGUGCUUGAGCUGGCCACAAAUUCUGAAUUGUAUGAGCUUGAGCAUAUCCUUUUCGGUCCCAGUUACUUCAGCCCAUUGAUGAAAUCGAUUACGAACAGAGGCCAGACGGACUAUGCCAUGAUUGAGGAAGACCUUGAAGAGAGAGAUGGGUUUAUUUCAACGCUCGAGUCUCGAUUCUUGUUCCUAGCAGCUGAUGCUCGGUCGACGUUAAGGGGUUGGAGACCAUCUUAUAGAGAUGUCUUGCUUACAGUGAGAAAAAAGUUAAACGUUCCUUGCUCAACCAAAUUGUCAUCUGAAGACCUUGAAGCAGAAAUCUUUCUUCAUUUGUUGCAGGAAUAUGCAAGUGAAGAAUCAGUAAGGGAGGCUAACCUUGAAGGUAGUCUACAACUUGGACUUGAUCUGUGGAAGGUACAAACUUUAGCAGCUACAGAUGGAGCAUCUGACCUGCAAUCCUUGAUACUAAAGGGUGGUAGUUUGAUAACUGUGGUUAAAAUGUUUCAAGUGUUUGCUAGGACCUUAUCUGGGAAGGUGUUCCGAGAAGCAGCCAACUAUCAAAUUAAAAAGGAAAUCAUCAAAAAGGGUGGACAGUUAGCUGCAGCAAAUCUCGAGUCAAGAGUGGCCUUGCUCGUUGCCCAAAAGGGUCUUGCCGGUGCCGCUUCAAGGUAUCUGGGUUUGAGAAGCAUGAUGACUUUGCUCGGCCCGAUGUUAUGGGGAACAUUUCUGGCGGAUAUGGUGAUUCAGAUGAUGGGAACUGAUUAUGCUAGAAUACUACGAGCAAUUUUUGCUUUUGCACAGAUUCGGAUUACGCGCACGUAUAGACUACCAAAAUCAACAAGUGACCAACAGAGUAUUUGAGCUAUUGGAAGCUGCACAUUACAAAUCUAAUCAUCAAGAUUUUGUUUCGCUUCCAUCUGUGUAUAUUAUAGCAAACCCAGUUGAAGUCAGAUGCAAAUAUUUUGUAAUUUAACUUUGGAUAUUUACAUAUUUUUAUUAGUUUUCUCA